AUGUAUAUAUAUAAAAAAAUUGUUGAAAACAUUCUGCUGACAUUUUUGAAUCCUGUAUUUUAUUUAACAUUGUAUCAUGAGAAUUGUCUUCUGUCUCUAUGUAGUCUUUAAAACCAUGCUUUUGAACGGGGGAAUAGUAUUCCAAUAUUUGGUUAUAACAUUUUAAAUUUGUCAUUCUGCUUUGUUGGCCAUUUAUGAUGCUUCCUAUUUUCUACUGUUGAUGGUAGGAGAUAGUCAGGCCCAACUGUAGCACUUACCAACACAGCACCUGUUCUGUGCCAGGCACUUUCUCUCUACAUAUUAACUCUUUUGGUUCUCUAAUGUGAAGGAAGUACUAUUAUUACACCCAUUCCCAGAUGAAUAAACUAAAGCACAGAGUUUUCAAGAAAAAGUUAAAUAACGAAACGUUCAAACACAUGGUGAAGAGUUCACGUUCUUGACCACUGUAUCUAAAUAAGUUUAAUUGCUCAAGUCAUACAGGGCCAGACACUGCUCUACGUACUUUACAUGUAUACCUCUUUUAAUCCUGUGAAAACCCACCAACUUCCCAACCAACCAACCAACCAACCAAACUUUAAGUGGGAUGAAGCCAGGUUUAGAGGUAUACAGACUUGGUUGCAAAUUCCAACUCAAACAUCUUGUUCGCUCUGUGGCAUGACCAUGCCUCCCCUCCCUGAGCUUGUUUCUUCUUUGUAAAAUAGAGAUGUUAAUCAUUCCUACCUCAUAUAAUUUUACAGAUAAUAUCUGUAAGAUGCUUUGCCUAAUAAUUUGACAUGUGACACUCAUUCAAUAAAUGAUAGCUAUUGAUAUGAAAAUUAUUACUCUUAUCUUAAAAUUAGCUUAGUGUCCACCAAUAUAUUUUUAUAAUUAUUAUUUUUUAAGACUUUAUUUUUUUAGAGUUGUUUUAUGUUCACAGCAGAAUUGAUAGCUCAUGUGUACAGCCUUUCCCAUUGUUAACAUCCCCAACCAGAGUGGUACAUUUGUUACAAUUGAUCAACCAACACUGACACAUCAUUAUUACCCAAAGUCCAUAGUUUGCCUUAGGGUUCACUUGGUGGUGUAUGUUCUAUGGGUUUGGAAAAACAUAUAAUGACAUGUAUCCAUCAUUAUAGUUAUCAUACAGAGUAUUUUCACUGCCCUAAAAAUCUUCUGUGCUCCUCCUACUCAUACCUCCUCCCACCCUGAACCCCUGGCAACCAUUGAGCUGUACUGUGUCCACACUUUUGUCUUUUACAGACAUAGUUGGAAUAUAUAGUAUGUAACCUUCUCUGAUUGGCUUCUUUCACUUAGUAAUAUGCACUUAAGUUUCCUCCAUGUCUUUUCAACCUUGAUGACUCAUUUCUUUUGGGUGCUGAAUAAUGUCCAUUGUCUGGAUGUACCAUAGUUUAUUUAUCCAUUCACCUACUAGAGGACAUCUUGGUAGCUUCAAAGUUUUGGCAAUUGUAAAGAAAGCUGCUAUAAAUAUCCAUGUGCAGGUUUUUGUGUGGACAUAAGUUUUCAACCCCCUCAAGUAAAUACCAGUGUGCAUGAUUACUGGAUCAUAUGGUAAGAUUAUAUUUAGCUUUGUAAGAAACUGCCAAACUGUCUUCCAAAGUAGCUGUACAAUUUGCAUAAAAAUUUUGGAAUCAGUUAAUUGAUAUACACAAUAUAACUUCCUGGGAUUUUGAUUGGGAUUGUAUUGAAUCUAUAGAUCAAGUUGGAAAGAACUGACAUCUUGGCAAUAUUGACUCUCCCUAUCAUCCAAGAACAUAGAACAUCUCUUCAUUUAUUUAGUUCUUUGAUUUCCUUCAAAAUAGUUUUAUAAUUUUCCUCAUAUAUAUCUUAUAUGUAUUUUGCUUAUAUAUUAUAUAUGUAAUACUUAGACAUUUUACUUUUGGGGUGCUGAUGUAAAUGGUAUUGUGUUUUUAAUUUCAAAUUCCACUUGUUCAUUGCUGGUAUACAGGAGAGCAGUUGACUUUUGUAUAUUAAUCUUGUAUCCUGAAACAUUACUGUAAUUGCUUAUUAUUAGUUCUGGUUUUUUGUUGAUUCUUUCAGAUUUUCUACAUAGAAAAUCAUCUUAUUGUCAGUUUUCUUGUAAAAUUCUUGUUGUCUUGCUGCCUGAUGAUGGGAGGAAUUUAUUGUGAACACUGACCUUUGGGAAAAUAAAGUUUCCAGAUUAAUAUUAUUAAAACAUGGAGUCAUUAACUCUAUGAUGUUUCCCAUGUUUUGCAAUCAAACACACCCAUUGGGUACAGCCAGUCUAACUAUUUCAAGCUCCUGCUGUGUGGGCCACUCUAGCCCAUUAUCCCCAAAAUAUCAUUCUACCAUUGAAUUAACUUUAUUUUUAAUUCUUAUAUUAUUCCAUGUAGUUGUUGUUACUUCUCUUCUUUUCCUAAGAUGGUAAAAGUUUACUCAUUCAUAUGGUAUGACCAAGUUCUCCUAACGGUCCUCUAUCUGGAGCAUUCAUUUACCCUCAGUGAUCCAGAGUAAAUGAACUGUCAUAAGGACACAGAAAAUAUGAGAAAUGCAUGAGUUGCAAAAAGAAUGCGGUAAUAAAUGCAUCUGCUCGCCACAUACAACUAGAGUGAACUUUUAAAAAACAUAUUUUUUAUGAACUAUUUGUAGGUAAGUUGCAGACAUAUUGCCCCUUUAACACUAACUACUUCAAUAUGUAUUUCCUAAGAACAAGGGCAUUUUCUUAUAUAACCAUGGCACAGUUAGCAAGAUCAGAAAAUUUAGCACUGAUGCAAUGCUAAUAUCUCAUCCCCAGCCCAUAUUUGAAUUGUAUUUAUUGUCCUAAUUAUGUCUUUUGUAGCUAAUGUUUUCCUAGUCUAAGAUUCAAUGCUGGGUCAUGUAUUGCAUUUUGUCGUCAUGUCUUUUUAAUCUCUUUUAGUUUGGAACAUUUUCUUGGUCUUACUUUUUGUUUCCUGACCUUGUUAUUUUUGAAAAGUAUAGGCUGCUUAUUUUAUGGAAUAUCCCUAUGUUUAGGUUUGCUGGUUUUCCCUUAUGAUUAGAUUCAGGUGGUUUAUUUUGAUAAGAAUAUCACAGAGCUGAUAUUAUGUCCUCAGUGUAUCAUAUCAGAAGGCAUACAUGGAGACAGUUUGUCCCAAUAUUGGUGAUGUUAAGGUGGUUGUCCUCCAAGUCUCCUUACUGUAAAUUUAUUAUUUUAUCUUUGAAAUUAUUAAGUAAUUUGUGGUGAGUUAUUUUGAUAUCAUGUAAAUAUCUUGUUCCUCAUCCAACUUUUACCUAUAACAACUAUAAUAUGUAUAUUUACCUAAUACAACCUUUACCUAUGGUAAUCUAUUGCCUACAAUAACCUUUAACUGUGAUUAUUUUCUAAUAUCAUUCUUCUAUAUUCAUAUUUUGGCAUCUCACUGUGAGGAAGAGAUUUUCAUUCUUAUUUUAUUCAUCUCAUAAUAAACUCAGGCAUUUUUAUUUUAUUCUAUGAAUUAUAAUCCUUUAUUAUCAUUUUUUAUUUUGAUACUCUAAUCUGUCCCAGAUUUGGCAAUGGGGGUUUUGUUUAGUGGGCUUCUAUGACCUUUUGUUAUAUCUCCAUCAUUCUUUGCAUACUUCUUACAUUCUAGUAUGAUAAGAUACUCUAAAUUAAUCUUGUCCUUUCCCUGCUGUAGCACUGGUUUAAGCCAUUUUUCCAAGGAGCCAUCUUUCCUUCUAGUUGAGAAUGGUGUUUAGAAACCAAAAUCUUGGGUGGUAAGUAUAUUCAUUACUGCUGAGGUUACAUUGUCUUAAGGUCUUCUCAAAAUGUGUAUAUUGAAUACAAUUUCUGAUCAUUGUUGGGAUUCAGUGAUUUUUUUGUGGCUUAAAAGAGUAUACAUUUCUUAAUUUCUAAAAACUAGGGAGUAAUUUCACAAGUAGAAAAAAAUAUAUUUUAGAAUUAUAAGGACAUCUUUUUUUCUGUAUUCUUUUGAUGUUAUAUGCUGUAAUCAUUCAUGAAAAAAAUGUCUUGAUAUAGUUAGGGAUUGACAAGGGGAGGGGGCAUAGAAAACUUUUUAUAAUUUCUUUUAAAGUAUUUUGGCGGAGCUGUGGUUCAUUAUUUAUCUGACUUUUUAUGUUUGAUAUAAUUGGAUCUUUGGGACAUUAUCCCUGAAGGAUCUGAAGUUUCAAACCUCUGUGUAUUACAACUGCUGAACUUUAAAUUGUUCAGAGACAACAGGUAUUCCCCCAAAACAACAAAUGGUUUAAAUUUCCUUAGUGUUUUUGUUACUAUCCUUUGGCAUUUUUAGUUAUAGUGGUAAGUCAAUAAUUUUUAAAGAAAUGAAUUGCACUAUUGAUUUUUACAUAAUAACAUUUAACAUUUUAACACAAGUAUUCAUUCUUUCUUGCAUGUAGCUAACCAUCUGAAACAUAAACAACAUUUCAUUUGGAGUUGGUGACAGGAAAUUCACAGGCGAGGAUAAAUUUUUCUUGGCUACUAUUUUUAGACUAUAGAAAAUAUCAAAUCCCAGGCAAUUGGGCUGAUUUUUUAUCCUAAAAAAAUUAUAUUUGCUAGUCUUAACAAGAGAACAAAAAAUUAAGUUUCCUUAAAGUAAUCUUUUAUAAUAAUCUUUUUUGUAGAGAAUCUGUUAAAAACUGGCAGAGAAAUCCAUAAGAAAUAGUCUGUUAACUAACAAAUGAGUAAGAACCAACUACUGUGAUGAAGGAAAAACUGGAAAUCUUGAGAUGAAAAGCAAAAACUCUGCAUGUUUGAUAACCAAGGAAGGAAGUAGUACUGCCGAAUACUAAAGAUGAAACGAAGAGAAUACUACUAGAAUAACUACAACUGAAAGAAAGAAAAUGCAAAGAGAAAAUCUCACCAUUUUGAGCAUUUUUUUCUUGGAGGGAUUUUCCCAUUACCCAAGGUUAGAGGUGGUUCUCUUUGUCUUUAGCCUUGUAAUGUACCUGAUAACACUCUUGGGCAACAGCACUCUUAUUUUAAUCACUAUCCUAGAUUUACACCUUCAAACCCCCAUGUACUUGUUCCUCGGAAAUCUCGCUUUCAUGGAUAUUUGUUACACAUCUGCCUCUAUUCCUACUUUGCUGGUGAACUUGCUGUCUUCACAGAAAACCAUUAUCUUUUCUGGGUGUGCUGUACAGAUGUAUCUGUCCCUUGCCAUGGGCUCCACAGAGUGUGUGCUCCUGGCUGUGAUGGCAUUUGACCGUUAUGUGGCCAUUUGCAACCCACUGAGAUACCCCAUCAUCAUGAACAAGCAGGUCUGCAUGCAGAUGGCCAUGGUCUCCUGGGUGACGGGUUGUCUGACUGCCGGCCUAGAAACCAGUUUCGCCCUGCAGAUACCCCUCUGUGGGAAUCUCAUAGAUCACUUCACAUGUGAAAUUCUGGCGGUGCUAAAGUUGGCUUGCACAAGUUCGCUACUCAUGGAUAUGAUCAUGCUGGUGGUCAGUGUUCUCCUCCUGCCCAUUCCAAUGCUCUUAAUUUUCAUCUCUUAUGUCUUCAUCCUUUCUACAAUUCUGAGAAUCAACUCUGCAGAGGGAAGAAACAAAGCUUUUUCUACCUGUGGUGCUCACUUGACUGUGGUGAUCUUGUAUUAUGGGGCUGCCCUCUCCAUGUACCUAAAGCCUUCUUCAUCAAACUCACAAAAAAUAGACAAAAUCAUCUCGUUGCUUUAUGGAGUGCUCACGCCUAUGCUGAACCCCAUAAUUUACAGUUUAAGAAACAAAGAAGUCAAAGAUGCUAUGAAAAAACUGCUGAGAAAAAUACCAUUGCAUCAAACAAAUGAACAUCUCUGAAUGGGAGCCUAUGGUUUUACCAGGGAUAUGCCGCUGGCGUGCCUCAUCAGACAAAUACAACCUCUUAGAACUCUGAUUGAAUCUCAGUUCUAUGAUGUCACAGUUAUAAGAUAUGUGUACACAGAAUGAUUGCCUAUGGACAAUAGUAGGUUACAAUUGGCAUUUAUUAAUAUUUCCUGUCUUCUGUGUUUCAUGGUUGUGAGGGUUUGAGCUAUAGUGUCACCAAACGUUUGCUCUAAAAAAAAAUCUUGGAUAAAUUUAGACUCAGUGAAUAUUAGUGCCAGAAUAAACUUGUAUAUAUUCUCUGCUUAAAUAUUUUCUCAAAUGAGGAUGGAGCAUAAAGCACCAUCUGUGGAAUGGUCAUGCUGGAAACUCAGACUUGUGGCGGCAGGGGGAAAAGUGCAUUUAUUGAAACCUUAAAAUCUGGAC